AUGCCGAACAACGCUGAGCGUACCUACAUCAUGGUGAAGCCCGAUGGUGUCCAGCGUGGCCUCGUCGGCGAAAUCAUUGCUCGUUUCGAGAAGCGUGGCUUCAAGCUGAUCGCUCUCAAGCUGGAGCAUGCGACCAAGGAGCAUCUCGAGAAGCACUACGCCGACCUCAAGGACAAGCCCUUCUUCCCUGGCCUGAUCAAGUACAUGGCCUCCGGUCCCGUCGUCGCGAUGGUCUGGGAGGGUCUUGAUGCCGUCAAGACCGGCCGUGUCAUGCUCGGCGCGACGAACCCCCUGGCGUCUGCCCCCGGCACAAUCCGUGGCGACUAUGCCCUUGCCGUUGGGCGCAACAUCUGCCACGGCUCGGACAGCGUCGAGAGCGCUGAGAAGGAGAUCGCUCUUUGGUUCCCUGAGGGCGUCAUCCAGCACACGAUGGCCUCCGCUGAGUGGGUCUUUGAGUAA